GAGGACAUCGAAACUGCGCUCCGCAAGAAUUUCGAGACAUUCCAGCCGAAGUACGAAACACAACAGAAACAAGUGGAGCCAACCUUCGAGGAUCUAUCUGAAUCACCGCAGGGACUCGAUGAUUGGGCGUUCCAAUAUAUUAGUUUAGCUUGGUUGCAGCCUAUCAUGGAAGCCUUCGACGACGAUGGUUCGGGCUAUAUCACGGUGGCUGAAAUCAACAAAUUCACGGAAGCCAUGCCGGCCUCUCUAAAGUGGAGUUUACAGCAUUGGAUAGCGUAUUGGGCAGUCGGUUGGGAAAUAUCCGCGAACCACUACCGAAUCAAAAUUCAGGAGAUAUUUGCAUGCAUGUUUGAUCUGCUGCCAAGACUCCUCCCAGAAAAUCGGCAUUGGGCGGAUUACUAUUUGGCUUGCGAGAUGAUUCUUUGCCCGACAUCCAAUACAAGUUCCAAGCUUAUAUGGACCACGAAGAAGAGAGGAUCACCAAGAACCUAGAGGCAAUCCACUACGACAUUGAUGCUCUCGAUACUGUGUACGUCGUAGCUGGGCCUGGACGCAUUGAAAAGCACAUCUUUACGCUAGCAUACCUGUUAUUAAAGCGCGACCUGGAGCUUUUCCGUCUAGGACAAAGACACAUAUUACAUGCCGAUGAGCUGUGGGAUGCUGCAGACAGCCUCUUAUGGGUUUUCGAUGCACUUUUCUUUCGGGUUGAGGAUUUGCAGGAACAAUUCAAACAACAGCAUAUUGAUAUCGAUCAGCAAUUCAAAACCAUCUGCUGUGAAUCACUUAAGUCUUACCACGACAAUUCCGAACUUUGGGCAAUGUCACAGUUGCAAGGGGACAAGUUCAUGUUUUAUGUCAACCCUUGGGACCUUGAUGACGGGGGAAAAGAUAAAGAUCCCGACCGACGGAAGCUGCUCAAUUACGAAUUACCCGCAGACUCAAGCAAGCAAACAUACAUGUAUGAGGAGGGCUAUGAGUGGGAAUUACACGAGAUGACGGCGGCGGAUAACGGGGCUUCCUUGCCAUUGAAAGCCAUAGUUGGCCAAUGGAAUGGGUACCUUUACAAUUACUCUGAGUAUCCUUCCUAUGUCAUUUUGACAUUUAACAUUCAUGCAACUGCAUCCGGAGAUCAGGAAUUUGAAGCCAGUGGAAAGAAUUUCGAUGGCAUUUCGUUUACACUUUCCGGGUCUUGUCAAGAAGACGGCGACGGAUUCAUCAGUGUCAAGUUCUCUAUUGUCUAUGACAAGGAUCAUGAUACGGAGUUCUUCACGGGACACUUCGAUGACGACGGAUCAUUCGUGGGUUACAUGGCCUUGUCAGACGCUGUGUCAGACUUCAACUGGGACCAAAGAUUCAUUUUUCGGAAAGUCCCCAUCGAGGUUAUGAUUUCUCGACCAUUCCCGCAUGAAUUCGACGACAACAAACCGAGGGCAUUGUGGAAGUUUGCUACUUCUUAUGCACUCAAUGAAGUGCGAAAGAAGGCUUGGUCCUGGUCCUACUUUCAUCAAAGACGGGAUAUCCGCAGAAACUACAUCAAGUUGAACAUCGCUCACUGGACGUACGGCCGACCACCUCUUAAUGAAGAAUUUGAGGAGUACCUCAGGAUCAGAAAGUCGUUGAAGCCAUCAGAUGCUAGCUAUUAUAGAAGUGUCCGCGACCACUUCCUCGACGUUAUUCUGCCGGAUCACAAUGAUCUUACUUGCGUCUCUUGUGACAAGGCCCUUGGCGGUGUUCGUAUUAUCUGCCUGGACUGUCAGCCACCGAAAGCGAAACUUUAUGAAACGAUUGACUUCUGCAAUCAUCCCAAGUGUCUAGAGAUCGAAGUCGAGUCCACUAAAUUCAGUUUUCUCGAGCCCAAACGUCCUCACAAGACCACACACGACCUUCUGAAGUUGCGUACGGUGAUGCAUCGUCGGGACAUGCCCCGUGUCAUCAGGGACGCAAAGAGCGCCUUGGCCAACGCCAGAAGUCAAAUGGAGAAUUACUUCGAUGUUCGCAUUCCAACACCACUACUGCCUGAGCCGAAUGGAGAUGCAGUAGUGGAUGAUCAAAAAGACGUUUGCUCUGAAACGGGCACUCCGACGCUGCCCAACGAAGAUUCGAUGUCUAUUCAGAAGAGGCAUCCAGGCGAAGUUCUGGAAGCCUCAGGCUCUGAAGUCCUCCACCUGGAUGAAAGCCCAAGUGACCCUGCAGUCCCUUCAGCUACCACCUUAGGUGUUAUUGGGUCCACGUCUGAGCUCAUAGAAUCACCGGCCUCAGAAGCAGAGGUCACCCGGCCUGUAUCACCAGCUACCACGUACCAUUCUUCCUUUGACGAACCUGAACCACAACGUUCGCGCCAUUCGGAAUCUCCUUCAUCAGAUCUGACUGAUUUGCCCGUGGCGGGAUAUCAUGAUUCUAGAAGGGCUUCAAUAGCUGGACCAGACAUACGGGACGCUUCCCCUGAAGUACACGAACAUGACAAGGAGACCAAAUCUCCGACUCCGCGUUCUCCGGCAUCGAACCCACCCAAUAAAGCAGACAACGUCUCGGUCGCAUCAACGGUGGUACCUAUACCUUGGGAGUUACAUUGUUGUAUUUGUUUGAAGCUUCUUCCCUCCUACAAGGAAAUGCCAUGCUGGUUUUGUGUCCCUUGUUCACAAUUUGUAUGUGAUGACUGUGAGAGCAGAGAGCUCAUACAAUGUCAGGCAUGUCGCAGAGCUUUCGAGUCGCCUUCGUAUUGGUACGGAAGCAACCAGAAUGACACCUUCCUGUGCAACAAGUGUACUCUGAAGGGAAGGACCGCUUCCGGGUGGAUGCCAACAUACCAUACAACUACACAUCCGCUCGUUCGCUGCAAGGAACAUGUAGAAGAUCCGAUCGACCCUCCAGAACUGACAACUGAGGAGAGGAUUAUUGCUCUAGAGACAAGAGUGGGGACCAUGGACGAGAAACUGGAAGGCCUAGAGACACGGUUGAGCAGCAUGCUGACGGACUUGUUCUCUCAUAUGGAGCAAAAUGUCCUUAGCUUCCUGUCAUCGAAGGCGAACGGAGAUUCUGCAGUUGGGCCGGCAGACGUGUCGUGAUUCAAAUUCCGACCUGCUUUCGUGCAUAGGCCUGUUAGUAGUGCACGACCCACUUGUUUAUAAAGUCAACUGUUCGAGUUCGGUACACGUAUAUGUAAAUGCGAAUGAAUGCGACGCACGGGAAAUAGCAGACAACUUUAAAGUCCUUUGUGG